AUUACAUAAAUCAUAAGGCUGGACUCUGAUAGGCCCCGCGUGGACGUGAUGUGGAGGUCUCUCCUCUGCCCUCAACAGGUGUCAGCAGCUUUAAUAGACAGGUGCGGGGCCUCGCCAGCCACGUCUCAGCCAAUCACAAUCCAGAGUCGAGGUCCAUUGGAAGUGCAGUGGUGUUAAACUGAUAACAGCCGAGAGCUGAGUGAGUAUCUCUAGAAAUACCUCGGGACCGUAUCAGCCUCUAUCUGCCUGUGAGGCGCCACCUCUUCUCCAUUCUAGGUCUUUGUAUAUAUAUAUAUAUAUAUAUAUAAAAGUAAUUUUUUUCAAAGAAAGUUUGAAGAUGUUUUCCUCCGCGCUCCUCCUUCUGCAUCUCUCCGCCGCCUGGGGUCUGUUCGGUUCUGUGUCGGGCUCUCCCGCCGUGGAGCAAGUCUACGGGGACGUGGCCGGCGUCGUGUGUCCCGGAAGGCGCGUUCUGACCGGGGAGUCCCUCCGCUCCCUAUUUAAUACACUGGAGAACCGUGUGCAGUGCGGCGGCGAAGUGUCGUGUGGAAAGUGUAAUCUAACAGAUGGCGUUCACCAGCUGAUCGGCAGUAACUCCAUCCACGGGGGGGAUGAAAGUGGAAAAGUCAGCGAUAAUGUGACCAUCAGCGUAUCGCAGUUCACUGACCUCACCUCUGGCAGCGUCCUGUACCUAACGUCCCCUGACCUGGUCUGCACCGCGAUCAGUCAGGGCAGGUGGGGCGAGGAGACCGAGCAUUUCCUGCACAAAUUUGCGCAUCAUGAAGACCACAGGACACAGCACGGCCAUGAACACAUAGACGUUCACGGACUAGAGGCUCUGCUUCAAGAGCUCCAACGCCACUAUGAGCCAUCACACAGUGAGAGCUGUCUAACAGCCGAUGACAUCAUGACAGAGGUCAACGCAUCGUUGCCAGAGCAGAGACAGGAAGUGGGGGCAGUUUUGGGACGCAUCCUGUAUCACGCUCUGCAAGGUCACUGCUUCAUCGGCCAGCCCCUGCCCGAGGAGAGCUUCUUCCUGGACUACAUCAUGGACCGUCUGGGGUCGGAGAACUUCACUGUCGGUGAUUUGGAGGCUCUGAUGAGGAGUCUGAACAUUGGGCAUGAUGAACACGACCACCACCACCACCACGAUGAACACGCCGGUCAUGACCACAGUGGUGCAAGGCGGAGGAAGAGGAGCAUCCAUGAACAUCAUCAGCAAAACACCACCUGGGAUCAGCGCUGCUUCUUGGCGGAAGAGCUGCUCCUGAUCUUUGGUCUGGAAGCCAACACCUCUGCCUCCUCCGGUCUGGGUCGGCCCGACGUGGCUCGGCUCAGCCCUGCGUUCGUCCAGCAGAUCCUGAGCGGAGCCUGCGCACACGUCACAGAACAAGUGAAACCAGAUGAGCUCACCAACGCUGAGAGAUACCUCUACGCAACGCUCGCCAAUGCGUUGAUAACACUGAUGUCCAUGUUUGGCAUUGUGCUGCUGCUGUGUACCGCCUGUACCAGUGUGUUCCAGUUGUGUAUCCAGUUUUGCAUCAGCCUGGCUGUAGGUUCACUGACUGGAGAUGCCUUACUGCACCUGCUACCCAUGGUACUAGGUUUACACGUGCACGGAGACCAUGGUGGCAGCCACGAUCACCAGGAAGAAAUGCAGGACUACCUCUACAAGAUGAUGGUUGUGAUGGCUGGGAUUUUCUACUUUUACCUGAUGGAGACAACCUUCUCUCUGAUCGCAUACAAAGGGAAUCACCACCAUCACCAACACCAUCAUGCGGAAGAAUCUGAGCCUCACCACUGUGACCACGGGAGGGUUUUAGAGAUGUAUCAACAGGAGAGGAAACUAAGAAACAAGUCGACAUCAAAAGCAGACCUGGUUGGCUAUGAAGACAACGGGAAAACACUUGCAGAGCCGAAGGAGCGCACACGAGAACAGCGUCUGCUGCCUUAUAUGAUAACUAUCGGUGACGGGAUCCACAACUUUGCGGACGGCUUAGCAAUAGGUGCAGCGUUCUCCCUGUCAUGGAAGUCUGGUUUGGCUACGUCACUGGCUGUACUCUGCCACGAACUACCGCAUGAACUGGGAGAUUUUGCCAUUCUGCUGCACAGCGGCGUGUCUGUGCGCAGGGCGUUGCUGUUAAACUUUGCCAGUGCCAUGACCUCGUUCAUCGGCAUGUAUAUCGCUCUGUCUAUCGCCACUGACCUGGCAACCAAACAGUGGAUAGCUGCCAUCACCGCAGGACUCUUCCUCUAUGUGGGACUCGCCGACAUGCUCCCCACCAUGGUCCACAUCAGCAACAAGAGGCCCUGGCUGAUGUUUCUGCUGCAGAGCGUCGGCCUUCUCAGCGGCUGGGGUAUUCUGCUAUUGUUGUCUAUUUACGAAGAGCGCAUCAGCUUCUAAUGCGUGGACUCCGGUCACGUACAGUACGCCAGCACAUUGGUGUGCCCCAUUUCUGGUACAAUAUAUGCAGACUGUAAAAUUGAUGAAUGAACAACGUACACAGUGACAUUUAUGCACAUUCCACAUGAGUAACCGUGAUGAGACCUUUGGAACAGACUGAAAAAGCAGGGGGGGGGGUGGGGGGGGGAGUAGUAAGACCACCUCCAGACGUCCUCACUAACAAGAGGGUAAAGAACCUCUCAGGUGUUGAAUUAAUACAGUCAUAGAAGUUCUUAAACAGUGAUUAAAAUUAGAUGUGUUUAUUAUUAUCUACUUCUCUGACAGUCCCCACUGAAAGUGAAUAUGAUAAACUUUGUGAAAGGCAGGAUUUAUUACAAGACUUGAACUGUAGAGUACCUAUUAAACUUUACUCUCACAGUAGAUAUUAUUGUUUUCAAAUGAAACGUGUCAAUAAUGUAAGAUCUUCUGAUGGGGGGAAAAGAAAACAAGAUGUCUAAGUUUUUACCAAUGCAACAUUGGUUAUUUGUUCACUCCAAAACAAUUAUAUUGACUAAAGUACAGUAUAUCUUUUGUAUUUUUCAUGUAUUUGUUUGAAAAAUUAAAAAAUCCUGAGCCUCA